AUGGCAGAACCAGCCCAAGUCCCCCUUUCACGUCUCGUCGUACCUAUUCUCCUUGCCGUUGGCUGGAUAGUGGGUUGUGCACUAAUGGUGUACAUUGUCUUCUCUUGA